AUGACAUCUUUUGGAGCCAAAGAGGUAAGAGAAGGAAAUUUUAUGCCAACUUUCAAAGUUCAAGGGCAGGUUUAUCACAGAAUAGGCAGCUUGAUGUCUGAACCUAACCAAAAGCCUUCUUUUCUUCAAAUAUACUUUGUUGGUGAUGAAUGUCAUGAAAGAGACAUCCGUUGUGGAAUUUAUCCUGGCGUUUAUCCGGAAUUAGUUCAUCAAUUGCAGAAGUUGUUAUAUCAGCAUAACCAAUAUCUUAAGGAUUUUAAGGCUGCAAUAGAUUCAAUUCCUAAAGAUCAAAAAGACUUCAAAGUAAUAAUUAAUGCUGACAGAAAACCGGCUGGAGAACAUAAGGGCCGUUUUAAUGCUCCUCAGGCAAAAGAAGUUGCAGUUCUCAUUGUCGGACAGGAUUUCGAAAAAAGAGACAUUGUUCUUCACAGUAGAGACAAUAAGUUGAUGCGAAUUAGUGAAACACACCGCUCAUAUGAUGCUUUACAAUAUCCUUUGAUGUUCUGUUAUGGAGAAGAUGGCUAUCACAUCAAUAUAUCUAAGCGUGACGAGACGACUAAACUGCCUCUCGAUAAGACAGUAUCUGCUUCAGAAUUUUACAGCUUUAGGAUUAUGGAGCGUGAGAAUGAAUUGACAUGUACGCAAAAAUUGAGACUGAAAGACUUAACUAUAUUCGUAACAACCAAAAAAAAACUGAGAAGUGAGGAAUACGUUCACUUGAAAGAUGCUUUGUCAAAAAAUGAUGAACAAUUAUCAACAAUGGGAAAAAUGGUUGUGUUGCCUUCUUCUUUUACUGGAGGACCCCGUUACAUGCAUGAGCGAACUCAAGAUGCAAUGACCUAUGUACGUCAUUAUGGACGGCCAGAUUUAUUUAUAACAUUCACCUGCAAUCCUAAGUGGCCGGAAAUAACGCAGCUUUUGAGUGAAGGUCAACAGUCUUAUGAUAGACAUGACAUCGUAGCGAGGGUUUUCAAUGUGAAAGUGAAACAUAUGAUAAAACUUCUUACAGUAGGUCGUAUCUUUGGUGACACAAGGUGUCACAUGUACACCAUAGAAUGGCAAAAACGUGGACUCCCUCAUGUUCAUAUUCUAUUAUGGUUAGAAGAGAAAAUGAGACCAGAGUCUAUUGACCAAAUUAUCUGCGCUGAGUUACCUGAUCCAGACAUAAAUCCAGAUCUUUAUCAAAUUAUCAAGACAACCAUGGUUCACGGUCCAUGUGGAUCUUUCAACUUAAAAUCACCCUGUAUGGUUGAUGGUAAGUGCACAAAAAAUUUCCCAAAGGAAUUUUUAAAAGAAACUCAAACAGGAGAUGACGGAUAUCCCAAGUAUCGUAGACGAUCACCAGCAGACGGAGGAAAAACUUUCAAACUUAACGGAGUUGAAAUCGACAACCGAUGGAUAGUGCCGUACAAUCCCGUUCUAUCCCAUACCUUCGGGACUCAUGUUAAUGUUGAGAGUUGUAACUCCGUAAAAGCCAUAAAAUACAUCUGUAAUUAUUUAAAUAAAGGAUCUGACCAAGCAUCGUUUACCGUUCAGGAUUUUGAUGAGGUGACGAAGUACCAGGCGGGACGUUACAUCAGUAGCUCUGAAGCAGUCUGGCGAAUAUUUCGUUUUCCUAUUCAUGACAGGUUUCCUUCGGUGAUGCAUCUUGCUGUACAUCUUGAAAAUGGUCAAAGAAUUUAUUUUACUGAGCAAGAUGUGAUUGACAAAAAGAAAAAAGGUAAGGUUGUUUCAGGUUAUUUAGGAGUCAAGAAAGAUCAAGUUUUAGGUAGAGUUUAUACCGUGCAUCCCGGAAAUACUGAAUGUUAUCACCUGCGUCUUCUCCUACAUGAGAUUCGAGGUCCUACAUCAUUUUCUGCUUUGAAAACUGUUGAUGGAGUGAUUCAUCCAACAUUUCAAGCAGCAUGUAGAGCACUUGGUCUUCUAGAAGAUGACGCUAAUUGGUAUCGCACUCUGGAUGAAGCUUGCAUCUCUGAUUCGCCCUACACGAUCCGUGAGCUGUUUGCCAUUAUGUUAGUUUUUUGUCAUGUUGACGACCCAUCGAAAUUAUGGGAGAAAUAUCGAGAUUAUUUUUCAGAAGAUAUUAAGAGAGAGGUAGAACGAGACGGUGGAAAUGUUGAGCUGUUACUUGACGUUAUUUACAACAAAUGUCUCAUACUACUUGAAGAUAUUGUUAUAUCAAUGUCUGGAAAAACACUUCUUCAGUUCGGCCUCCACUCUCCAACCCAAGAUGAAAGGUUUAUUGUCACUAAUCGUCAAUAUUUGCGUGAAUUGGCUUACGACACCGUCUAUUUAACUAAAGUUGUAGCUGAAAAUGUUCCUAAAUUAAAUCUAGAACAGAGAAAAGUUUACAAUGAAAUUUUAAAUUCGAUUAUAUCUGAUUCUGGGCAGUUGUAUUUUCUUGAUGCUCCAGGUGGUACUGGAAAAACGUUUUUAAUCAAUUUACUGCUUGCGAAAAUCAGGAGUGAAAAAAACAUCGCUAUAGCCGUUGCUUCUUCAGGAAUUGCUGCGACUUUGAUAGACGGAGGUAAAACAGCUCACUCUGCCUUUAAAUUACCUCUCAAUUUAGGUUAUUCUGAGUCUCCACUUUGUAACAUCUCUAAACAGAGUGAUAUGGCUCAUGUGCUGCGAGAAACAAAAAUUAUUAUCUGGGACGAAUGCACUAUGGCUCACAAAAAUGGUAUUGAAGCUCUAAACAGAUUGCUCAAAGAUAUUAGAGGUUGCGACCGAAUUAUGGGAGGAGUAAUUGUUCUCUUGGCCGGUGAUUUUAGACAAACUUUGCCUGUUGUGCCACGAGGAACACGUGCAGAUGAAGUUAAAGCCUCUAUUAAGUCAUCAAUUUUAUGGCCUUCGGUCAAAGUUUUAUCUUUGACUAUCAAUAUGCGUGUUCAUCUUCAGCCAAAUUCGAAAGCAGAAGAGUUUUCAAAAAUACUGAUUGAUAUAGGUGAUGGCCAAAUUCCGGAAGAAGACGGAAGAAUAAACGUGUCCUAUAUUAAUUGUGAAACUGUCCCAGAUUUAAUCACCUUGACUGACAAAAUAUACCCGAAUAUUGACAAAGCUGGCGAUAAUUGUAGUUCAUGGUUAAAGGAGAGAGCCAUCCUCACACCAACCAAUGAACAAGUCAAUUGUAUUAACAACUUUUUGCUGGAGAAACUGCCAACUGAGCAAGUAAGAUAUGAAUCGGUGGACAAAGUACUGGAGGAUGAAGAAGCUGUCCACUAUCCUGUUGAAUUCUUACACACACUCAAUCCACCAGGGAUACCACCUCAUGUUCUUCAACUCAAGAUUGGCACUCCAAUAAUGUUGCUCCGCAAUUUAAAUCCGCCAAAAUUAUGUAAUGGUACCAGGCUUCAAGUCAAGGUCUUACACAAAAAUGUCAUUGAAGCCAUGAUUUUCACCGGAAAAUAUGAAGGAGAAACUGUAUUCAUUCCAAGGAUCCCUCUGAUUCCAUCAGAUUACCACUUCGAAUUUAAACGUCUGCAAUUUCCUGUCAAAGUUUGUUAUGCCAUGACGAUUAACAAGGCACAAGGGCAGAGUUUAAAGAUGACUGGUAUUGAUUUAAGAAAUGACUGUUUCUCUCAUGGCCAACUAUACGUGGCAUGCUCAAGAGUAAGUUCACCUGACAGCUUGGUCAUUCUUCAACCAAUAGGAAAACGAAGAAUGUUGUAUAUAAAGAAGUUUUAA